AUGGCAGGGAAAGAGGGGGAUAAGGAGAGGGGGCGAGAAAAGGGUAGGGAGAAGAGCAGCAAGGAGAGAGGUAAAGAGGAUAAGGAGAAGGGAAGGGGGAGAUCGAAAGAGGAGAGGGAGAAGGGAAGAGGGAGAGAGAAAGAGAAGAGCAAGGGGACGCACAGGAGAGCCGAGAGUCCCGGAAGCAGCGUGAGCGGCGGAAGCGGCGUGAGUCCCAGAAGCAGGCGAGCUGCUUCGCCUUCGGCAUCUGGAAGCGAAGGUUCCAGUCACCAGCACGGCCAUCAGGACCAGCGGCAUUCUGGACACCACUUAGGGCAUCCGGGAAAUCAGGAGUAUCAAGGGAAUCAGGGGAAUCGCAACGAGCAUAGGGUGCAGCAGGAGCGACUCGUGGGUUACAAUCAGGGAAAUCAGGGGAACUGUGAACAUCAGCCUCUGCUUCAGCAGCAGCGGCAGCAGCAGCAGCAGCAGCAGCAGCCAGUGUCGUCAGCGUCCGCUUCCCACGGAGGGGGAUGGCAGGCUCUGAUGACGUCAGCGGCAUCCGCGUCCAUCAUGCAGCAAUGCCACGCUCUCAUUCAACGCCGGGAGCUGCCCAAGGGUUCCACGCCUUACAUUCUUCUGGCAGUCUGCCUUUUACUGGUGUUCGUCUUCUGGUUUGACAUCCUCUCAAUCUUCCAGGACGAGGAGCAAGCACUCAUCCGUGCCUCCUCUUCCAUACCCCCGCAAUUUGCUCAAUCAUCGCCUCGAAUAAAAUAUCGUUCCAACCUGCCCUGCCUGCUUGCUUAUGCCCUUUCUCCUUCUACCUCUGCUUCUUACCAUUCAACCCCUCAGUCCCUCACCCAGAACGAUUCACCACCAUCAUCGCCAGCAGCAGCAGCAGCAGCAGCAGCAGCAGCAGCAGCCGCAGCAGGAGAGUCAGCACAACAACCUACUGACACCACUCCUGCCUCCUCUCCUGCCAAUGCCACCGCCAACACUCCUUCGGACGGCUCCGAACCAAGCGCCGAACCAAGCUCCGAACCUGCAGCUCCUGACAGCAGCAGCGGGGGUGCUGGACACAGCGGUCUAUCUAACGAGCCUGAGGGGGGGGAUAUCGCGCACAUGUUUCGGCCGGCGCAGUGGCGGCAGCACACGUUCAGGCGUGUGGGGCUGGUGUCGUUUGCUCAGUUCUCCGGGUAUCGCGUGUCGCCCACCGAGUUUGCUGCUGUUGGUCUGGCCGCCCGCGCUCUGGAUGAAGGCAGGAAGAAAAGGAGGCAACUAGAGGAGGGAGGAGGGGACGCCACAGCAGCACAGGAAAGUGGGGAAAAGGCGGGAGGAGGGGAAGGGGGAGGAGAAGGUGCGGGAGGGAAUGGCUCAUCUGCUGACUCACCUGGUGAAUCACCUGAGAGUGAUCCCUCUGUGAAUGGGGAGAAACCGGGGGAGUCGAGGGAGGAGGAGGAGGAGAGGAGGGAGGAGGCGGAGGAGGAGAAGAGGGGGUGGAUCCAUGGCAGUGUGGAGGUUCUACACGUGGGAGAACACCAUUGGUGGAAAUAUGCCGGGCUCAUUCUGCUCUGCACACUCAAGAGGGAAGCAUAUGUAGCAGAGGGAGGAUGGCUGCACAUGCGCAUAGACGGGGAGGACGUGGUGGUGUAUGAGGAGCAGGCGGGGGAGGUGGUGAACGCCGUGCCGCAUGCCCCCUUCCUGCACAACAUCACGCACUGCUCGCCCCCCAUCCACCACCAGGUCAGAGCGGAGCGUGUCCGCCAGUGGAUGGAUCUGCACAUCCGCAUGGGAGUGGACCAUUAUGUUCUCUACGAUGUGGGCGGGGUGGACCUGCAACUGCGCUCCGUGCUCCAGCCGUUUCUGGAUGGAGGGAUCGUGGAAGUCACCGACUUUCGUGACGUGGUGAACUAUGAGUCAUGGUAUUAUGGACAGGUGAUGAUAGUGAACGAUUGUGUGUAUCGCUUCCGCCGCCUUUCCAAGUGGCUCAUGUACCUCGACUUUGACGAGUUCAUCUUUAUGGAUGGGCAGGAGCGAGUACCCAACCCAAUGAGCGUGCACGACUUUCUCGCCCCUCACGAGGGACUGCCCUAUGUGAGCCACGGGUGCCUGUGGUGGGACCACGAGCGCUGCCUUCCUGCCCAAGGCGACAACGACCCCAGGUGGCCAUUGGAGCGAAUGUUGUGGCACUGGCCGUUCAUCUACUGCCAGGCCAAGGACAACACCACCGACCCUAAACUGUGCCUCAACCACUGGGGCCACCGCAAGCUGUUUGUCGAUCCCAGGAAGGUGCGAAUGGUGGAGAACCAUAUCGUUGCAGACCCAAGCGGGGGAGGGAAGGACCUGCCCACAGACGCACUCAGGCACCACCACUUCCGCGGUAUAAUAAAGUAUGGAGCGAGCGAGUGCAGUAUGAGCAUGAAGGAUGACGACCCCAUCGAAUGGUGGGCACACGGGACCGAGGAGGCGGACAGAAUGCACUAUGUGCGAACACACCCGCUCGAUGUGCCGUCUCUUGUUGCUUCACACAAGUGGUGGAAAGACUAUGUGCUAAGGACACAACGUGGCCAGUAA